GCAGCCGGGGCGGGGCGGCCCCCGGGGCAGGGAGGCCCCCAGAGAUGUCAAGCCCGGAGGAUGCCGGGAGCCGCUUCCCCCUCCACCUCCUGGUCUGGAACAACGACUUCCGGCAGCUGGAGAAGGAGCUGGCGGGCCAGGACGUGGAAGCGGUGGACCCCCGCGGCCGGACCCUGUUGCACCUUGCGGUCUCCUUGGGGCACCUGGAGUCUGCCCGGGUCCUCCUGCAACACCGAGCGGACGUGACGAAAGAAAACCGGCAGGGAUGGACGGUCUUACAUGAGGCCGUGAGUACAGGGGAUCCCGAAAUGGUCUACACAAUUCUGCAACAUCGCGACUUCCACAACACGUCCAUGGCUCUCGAAGGAGUUCCUGAAUUGCUCCAAAAAAUCCUCGCGGCUCCAGAUUUUUAUGUGCAGAUGAAGUGGGAAUUCACCAGCUGGGUGCCGUUGGUUUCGAGGAUCUGCCCCAACGAUAUCUGUCGCAUCUGGAAAAGUGGCGCAAAACUCCGCGUCGAUAUCACGUUACUGGGGUUCGAAAACAUGAGCUGGAUUAGAGGGCGACGGAGCUUCAUAUUUAAGGGACAGGAUAGCUGGGCGGAGCUGAUGGAGGUGAACCACGACGAGCAGGUCGUCACCACCGAGCACUUUGACCUCUCCCAGGAGAUGGAACGCCUCACGCUGGACUCCAUGAAGCCCAAGGGCCGGGAGGUGGAGAGGCGGCUCACCUCGCCCGUCAUCAACACCAGCCUCGACACGAAGAACAUCGCCUUCGAGAGGACGAAAUCCGGAUUCUGGGGCUGGAGGACGGAUAAAGCCGAAGUGGUGAAUGGCUACGAAUCAAAGGUGUAUACAGUGAACAAUGUGAGCGUGUUAACAAAAAUAAGAACAGAGCACUUGACCGAGGAAGAAAAAAAGAGAUACAAAGCUGAUAGGAACCCACUGGAGUCUUUACUGGGAACCGUAGAACACCAGUUUGGCGCUCAGGGGGACCUCACGACCGAGUUCGCGACGGCAAACAACCCAACGGCCAUUACCCUGGAGGAAUACUUCGACGAAGAAUUCGAUCUCAAAGACAGGGACAUCGGGAGGCCGAAAGAACUUACAAUUAGGACGCAGAAGUUUAAAGCAAUGCUGUGGAUGUGUGAAGAAUUCCCCCUCUCUCUGGUAGAGCAGGUGACUCCAAUCAUUGACCUCAUGGCCCGGACAAGUGCCCAUUUUGCCAGACUGAGAGAUUUCAUCACGCUAGAAUUUCCACCCGGAUUUCCUGUCAAAAUCGAAAUCCCUCUGUUUCACGUCCUGAACGCCCGGAUCACCUUCGGAAACGUCAACGGCUGCAGCACGGCGGAAGAACCAGCUUCUUCGAGUAUGGAGACGCCCCAGGCGGACCGAGCUACCCUCGACACCGGUUUCGAAGUCGACCAGUCUGUGUUCGAGAUCCCCGAAUCCUAUCACAUCCAAGACAAUGGUAGAAAUAUGCACCUGCAAGAUGAGGAUUAUGAAAUCAUGCAGUUUGCCAUUCAGCAGAGCCUGUUGGAGUCCAAUAGGAGUCAAGAAGCGCCCGGACUCUCCUCGAACGGGACGAUUGGCCAGCCGCACCUGUACGACGCUCAGUACGAGAGGGCCCUUCAGGAGAGCCUGCUGAUGAACCCCAGCGGCCCCCCGGCCGGCCCCACCCACGAGGCCAGCAGCUUCGACACGGACCUGCAGCUGGCCAUGGAGCUGUCCGCCAAAGAGCUGGAGGAGCGAGAGCUCCGUCUCCAGGAGGAGGAGGCGGAGCUUCAGCAAGUCCUACGGCUGUCACUCACCGAGAAAUGAAAGCCCCCCCACCCGCCCCCCAUCCCCGGCCCCCCAUCCCCGCCACGGGCGUCCCGGGGACGAGACGGCAGCCGCCGCUCUCUUUCCUCCAGCGGCGUCCGGUCCCGGGAAGACCCGGCGGUGCGGUUGGGCGUGGGCCGGGGUGUCCCCCAAGCCAGGAACGGACUGGGCUGCGCCCCCCCGCCCCCCCCCCCCAGUCCACCUCCACCGGUCACAUUUCAGCCACCCCCGUUUUAAGGGAAAAAAAAAACCAAAUCCCUCAGGAAGGACUGUGGGUAAAUAUUUUUCCAGGAGUGACGCCAGGACGGUACCGCAGACCACGGGGAGCUUUUGGCCCGGGGGGCCGCUGGGCAGAGUCGCCACCCCCGUUUUUAGAACGAGGGGCGGGGGGAGAUUCGGGAAGGAGAAGAGCUCCCUCACCGUUCACCAAAGAGACGGGGACUCGGCGCAGGUCCGCUCGGUGAUCUUGGACCGCUCUUCCGGGAGACUUCCAGGCGGGGGUCUCGAGGCCGCGGCCUCCGUGUCGGCGUCCCCCUCUCCGACCGCCCCCGGCCGGGGGAGCCCGGGCGCGGUGGAUUUGUAGACGACGGCCGGCCGGGGCGGGUCGGUAGCCCACCGGGCCCCGCAGCCGGGCCGGGAGGCGAUGCCUUACCCUGUUCCCCGCUCCCGUUCGGCGACAGCCGGAAGAAGUCUGAUUUGGACUCGGGAGAAGGCACCGGGCCGGAGGGGGCGGGGACUCCCUCCCGCCUCGGAACCCGGGCCGCCGACGGAACCGCCCCCCGACCCGAGGGGUUCCCCCGCCGUCCCACCCGACACCUUGAGGCGCCGCUUUUCAGAGUUCAGAUGGGAAUCUUUCCGGAUAUAUAUAUAUAUAUAUUUUUAACAAGAUCUUUUUAUUGCUUUUAAAAGAUACGAAAACGAGGAAGAACUGCUCCCAUCAGUAGCAAUACAGGUAUCUAUUUUAGCCAGGUUUCCUCAGGCCUCUUUUUAUACCUUUUAGCAGUUUGACUAUUUUAUCUAACCUCCCCCCACCCCCGCCACCCCCCGGGUGUGAAUACCGAUCCCACCCCUACAGCGUGGAGAGCCCCCGGGAAUGUAAAUAGCCACACUCCGCCACUCUGGGCCUCGGGUUGAUCUGGUGGUCUCCAGCCCUGAAGUAAUCCGAUCCCGACGUCCCCCCCCCCGCCUCCCCUUCCCCGGCCCCCCAGCCCUCCCGCGCCCCCCUCGGCUCCGAGGUCGGGGUGGGCCGAGGCGAGUUAAACCGGGCUUCGGGCUGACCGUCGAGAGGCCUUUCUCGAUGGCCACCCACCCCGCGACGGUUCGGGUUUUCUGAUGCCCAAAAAGCAGCCGGGAUUUGGGGGUGCCGUAUCUCCGGGGCGCGGGAGGCCCGGCGGCACUCCCCGUCGUCCGUUUCCAGCCGCGCGGCUUUGGAGCGGGUUUUCCGGCCGUGGCGGCCUCGGAUGGCCCUUGUAGCGCUCUCCGUCUCGCUCUCUCCCUCCCCGAGUGUCUCUCUCUCCCCCUUUCUGUCCGUCUCCCUCUGUCUCCGCGCGCACGUCGCCUCGCCGCGCUCUCCCUCCCGGCAGGUCGGCGCGGAGGGCCUCGGAGGGAGCCGGGGGUCGCCCGGCUCCCCGGGACCGGUCCGGUAACGCCCCUCGCUUCCCCGGCCCUUCCACUGAGCGCCUCGGGAUCGGUUCUGUAUCUCGAGAGGUCGCCGCUUCCUCUCCUCGACCGAUUAAAGAUCCAGAUUGGGAGACCGCA